AUGCAUGAACUUAAACGCAGAAUGUUGAAGUUAUUAGAGCAAGAAUUUAUUGGCUGGAAAUAUCCACGAGACUGGAUUGUUCACGGGCAUAGCUGUUAUUUCUUCAGUCCCGAUAUAAAAAGCUGGACAAAUUCUUUGGCGGCAUGUGGAGAAAUUGGCGGAAAUCUUGUCGAGGUGAAUGACGUCACAGAAAACAACUUCUUGCUGUCAAAGAUUCUGCCUUACAAUACAGAACAUUGGAUCGGACUGACAGACAAGGAAGGGAAUGACACGUAUGUCUGGAUAUCAUCCGGACAGAUUCCUACUUUCACCUUUUGGGUAGAUCACGAACCUUCCCAUCAAUGGAAAAUGCCUGAAAAUGUGUUUGUAGAAAACUGCGUUUUUUAUUCAAACAAAGACAACGACUAUAUGUGGAACGAUUAUAGCUGUGAAGCUGAACGGCACUACAUUUGCGAACGUACACUUACAGUUGACGAAUAAUUUACGAGGGAAUAAAAGAAGAAGGAAAGAUAACGUAUCUCGACAAAUCGAUAUAUGAACUAUUUUAUAUAUUCUGUUUCGCUGUUUUGUUAUGUGUAACUUAAAUUGACUUCUAUUAUUA